GGAAGUACGGUGACGUUCUACAACUCCUAAUAGGCAUUGGUUUACGCCUGUGGUAACGGCUUGGGGGCGUGAAUUUACAAGAGCUGUUGGCAUGUAACGGUGUUGAUAUGAAUGGGGGUAGUUUGUGUGUGUGUGUGUGUGUGUGUGGCGUGAAAUGUCACUUCUGAAUGUGCAGCUCUAAUGUACGAAGUGAUUUUAAUGUGUUAGCGAGUGUGAGCGUGCUGUAUGCUCUGUACAGAUUUACAGGGAGAGUGAAUGAUAGCUGUAUGUUUAUGUAACCCUCUUGGCUGCCUUGUUAUAAGCCUGUGUAGUGUUCUAUACAGGGACGGUCAGUACGCCCCAGUCUUAUUGGGAAGCUCUGCAGAAAAAUGAAGAAAAUCUUUGGCUUUGGAAAGAAAAAGAAACGGGACCCGUCUCCUAAUACCUCUGACGCUGGCAGUGUCCUUUCGUUGGGAUAUGAGCUGAAGGAUAAGGACCUAAGCAAACUGCACCGCGCUGCCUCCACUGGGGAUGUGAGCAAGAUAAAACAGCUGAUUAAGAAGCAAGAUACGAACCAGCUGGAUAAAGAGAACAGGACACCUUUGCAUAUUGCGUGUGCAAAUGGACACCUGGAUGCUGUUAAAUUGUUACUAGAAAGCAAAUCCAAAUUAAACCUAUGUGACAAUGACAAUCGAUCUCCCUUACUGAAGGCUAUUCAGUGUCAACAAGAAAGCUGUGCUGCAGUUUUGCUUGAACAUAACGCAGACCCCAAUCUUGUGGAUAUUAAUGGAAAUGCUGCUCUUCAUCUGGCUGCUCUUAUUCCAUCUGUGUCCAUUGCUAAGCAGCUGCUUGAACAUGGAGCUAACAUCAAUGCUACUAAUAAGGAAGGCUGUACUCCACUUAUUCUUGCCGUCACAGAAAAUAAUGACGAAAUUGUAGAGUUUCUGCUCAAAGAAGGGGCUGAUGUUAAUGCAUGUGACAGAAGUGGCAGAACAUCACUUAUGAUUUCUUCAAAUAAUGGUCAAAACAAUUUAGUGAGAAUGUUACUCCAGCAUGAGGCUGAUAUCAAUAUAAAGGAUGAAAAAGGCUGGACUGCUGAUGACUAUGGAGUUAUGAAUGGACAUCAUGCUUGCUCACAUUUGAUUAUUGAACAUGGUUCAAAGAAAAGACAGAAUAUGUCUCCAUGUUAUGGAAGCAAUAUAAACAGAGAUACUUCCAUAUUCAACACUCCAAAUAGAACUGGUGAAAUUGGUUGUAGUUUGGUCAGCCCUGCAACAAACAAAAAAGAUCAUUCUCAAGUAGAGUCUGAGAGUUGUGUCUCUGACAAGUCGGGAGAUGUUGACUCAUGGCCUUCUUCAGAUGAAGACAAUGAUGAUAUAGAUUUUUGUCCACAGAAGACUCCAAAGCCAAGCUUAACACAACUUCUGGAAAAGAAAAAACAUGAUAAUAAUAUGAAUAAUAAGAAGGAAAAUUCCAAACCACAUUCAGAUAUAGUCAAGAAAAGAAUUUUUAAAAAUAUUUCUAACCUAAGAUCCCAUGAGAAAUGUGAUGAUGCUGUGAAUGAGGACAAUAAGCAGAAGAGUACAGAGAAUGAAGUGGCUGAAAAGUUUGUGAGUGAGGGUGAAGAAAAUGAAUAUGAGGCAAUUUCUGGACAGUGUGAGGAUGAAGACUGUGAGGAGGAUUCUGAGCAGUGUGAAAAUAAAGAUUGUGAGGAGAAUUCUGAAGAGUGUGAGGAUGAAGAUUGUGAGGAGAAUUCUGAAGAGUGUAAGGAUGAAGACUGUGAGGAGGAUUCUGAAGAGUGUGAUGAUGAAGAAUGUGAGGAGGAUUUUGAAGAGGAUGAGGAUGCUUCUGAACAGUUUGAGGGUGAAGAAUUUAAGGAAAAUUCUACACAAUACAAUGGAAAAGAAUUUAAGGAAGAUUUUGAACAGUGUAGGGAUGAAGAAUGUGAUGAUAAAUCUGGAGACCAUGAAAACUGUGAAGAAGCAGACCACGAUGAUGAAUCUGUAGACCAUAACAACUGUGAAGAAGUAAACCAUGAUGAUCAAUCUGUAGACCAUGAAAACUGCAAAGAAGUCCUUCAGCAGUCUGAGAAUGAAGAUUGUGAAGAUGGUUCUGUACUGCAUGAGAAGAGAUACUGCAAAGAUGCCCUCUCACUUUAUUUAGAUGAAGACUCUGAAACACACUCUACACAAUGUGAAAAGGAGGCAUGCAAAGAUGAUCCUAGACAAUGUAAGGAAAAAGAAUGUGAAGAUGGCCUUAGACAGCAUGAGGAAAAAGAACAAGGGCACCCAAUACAUGUGGAGAAAAAUGAAAACGGAGAAAGUUCAUCUUUAAAAUAUCAGGAAUAUGAUUAUGAAAACUUUAAAGAACACACUGAUAAAAGUAACACUCUAACAGAUGAGCAUUUUGCUGCCGAAGCACCAGCAAUUCUGCAACAUUUAGCUUUAGAUAACGUCAGUGAAAAGACUGAUAAGAAAAAUGGUACAUCAACAAGCAGACAAAAUGUGAUUAAUAAACUAACAUUUUCAAAGAGGCAUCUCGAAAACAAUUGUGAUGACGAUAAGCACACUGGGCAACCAUUAAAAGAUUUCAAAGAUGUUUCAGACGGUGAUGGCAUUCCAGUUUCUUUGAUAACCGGCUUGUAUGAAAAUUCUGAUGAGAAUGUAACGUCACUAGCUGAAAAUGAAAUAACUUCAUUAACAGCCAACAGAGUCAAAACUUGUGAUAAAAGAGAUGAUUCCCAGAUUGCUUUCAGAGGAAAUCUGGCUUCUCCUAAUAUCAGUAGCUCAGCUGAUAGUAAAAUUGUGACAGGAUCCAAUCUAAAAAUAAAGGGUGAUGAAUUAAUGCAUGGGACACAGACAAAAAUAUCAAAGAUACACCAAGACUCUUCAAAUGCAGAUGAUGAAAAUAGUGACUUUGAAGAAUCUGUAGAAAGAAGUCCCAUUAAAGCCAAUGUGCCUUCUUUGAGUUUAUCUGGUGAAACAUAUUCCAAAGAAAAGCUGCAAGAUGUUGAAGGUCCUGCUGUUAGAAAAGUGGAAUUAAUGUCUGAACUGGGCUUAGAAGAAGAUGAUAUUGAAUCGCCUUGGGAUUCUGAGUCUGCUUCUGAAAGUUCCAGAAAACAAGUUGUUAGCGACUUACCGUUGCCUGCUGCCAAAACACAUAUGCAGUGUAUUUCAGAGGAAUCAAAUGAGGAAUUUUCUGAGAAAAGUGCACCUGUGGAAUCUAAACAGCCAAAGUUGCUUCACGGAGCUUUACAGAAAUCUGUUUCCUCACGCUUAUCAGUAGCAAAAGAUUGUAAGAGCACAGUAAAGUCAGAUUUAAUGGACGAUUUAGGAUUAGAUGAUGCUGAUGACAUAGAAGAUGCAUCAGACUGGGACUCUGCUAGCCUUUCGCCAAAAUAUACAAUGCCCCAUCAAAGGACUACAUGUCAAGUGCAGAACAGAAGAGACGAAAUACUGCCGAGGACUGAGGCUCCUUUACCAACGGUCAGCGCUAUUAUUCCUCCCGUCCCUUUACCAACAGAACUAAAACCUGAUGAGGAUGAUCAAUCUACAACAUCAGAAGAUGAAUUUAAUUCCACUAAUAAUGCUGUCCCAGAACUUCCAAAUUACAAAGAAGAUUCUUUGAAAGAAAUUGUGGAAAAAAAUACUGUGCAUGUGUUAAAGGAACACAGUCUAACAAAUAUGACUGUUAAAAAUCGGACAGAGAAUGCCCAGCAUCAGGCUGAAUAUGAGACUGUAAUGCAAAAAUUGGAAGACAACCAUGAGUCGACUGACUUAGAAUUGUCGUGGGAGGAGAAAUAUGAAAAGAUGUGGGUCGACAAUGAAAAAAAAGAUGUUAAAACGCAUUUCAAAACCAUAACUGCUGAGCUGAAGCAAAAAUUUGGUGAACUUUAUGAAGAAAGAAUACCAAGAACCAAUAAAACCAUGUCUAAUGCAAGUAAACCUUUCAACAACAAAUUAUUUUCAGCCAUUACAGAUUGUACAGAUUAUACACAUGCAUUACCUAACGUAGAACAAGAAAAUUGCAAUGCAGCAGGUACAGAACUCAAAUCUAAAUUGGUAUACAGUGAAACUCCUUAUUCAGUCACAGCUGGGAGUCUACCGAGUAAUAAUUUGCUGUGGGACCAGGAUAGGGAAAAGAAGUCUCGGGAAUUUAUUGUAGCUUUUGGUACUUCUGAAAAAGGUAACUUUGCAGAUUCUCUGGGUCUGCAAUCUGAGGACAAAUAUAUUGUUGCUCUUCAGGAACAGAAAUGCAGUAAUCCUAAUUUGAAAGUGGAAAAGCCUAAAGGAGAUACAUUGUCUUUAGCUCAGAAGGACAAUACUCAAAAGCUCAAAAAAGAUGAUCAUUUAUCUUUUAUACCUUCAAACCUUUCCAAAGAAACUGUGACUUUAGUGAGUAAAGUAAGUAAACUUCAAGACUCUACUGAGUGUGUGUUGGAUCAGCAGCAUGGAGAUAAACAUGUACAGGCCCAACAAACUGAACAUACAAGUUCAGGAGUGGUGGAAACCUCCAUUGUCAAUCUCAACAAAGAACUCGAGCAAGAUGUAAAAAGAUUUAAGAAUGAGGUAGGAAUUCUACAAAUGGCAUUUCUCAGUUUGGCAGAAGAGAAAGGACAACUGCAGAAAGAGGCUGAUCAGAAAGGAAACAAUCAAUAUGAAAACUCACAAACACAGUCAGAGCAAUUGAAAAAAGAUAAACAAAAUCUGUUUUCUGAAGAGUCACAAACUAUUUCUGGGCAACAUGUAGAUAUUCAUCCAAAGCUUGACUCAGUAAAAGGAAUGAAAAACAUAAUGCGUUUUGGGGACAAUAAACCAUCAAAUGAAAAGUUUGUUCUUGAUGGUAAACUAGCCUGGAAACAGAUGAAAAAUACCACGAAUGGUGAUCCACUUGAAGUAUUUGAUGAUAGUACAUUAAGUGACACCUCCCAGGAAGAAGAUGGAAGGGUUCCCGGCAAAUUUACCAGUGAAAACAAUAAGCUUGACAAUGCAGGUGAAUUGGAGGACUUUAGUCCAUCCUCAGACACAGCAACUGAAGAAUUUGGAACACCUACUUUACCUUUUAGGAAUGCAAAACUGCUUAUUGAGCAACUGAGCGCUGACAGUCAAGAUUCUGUCAACGUGUUAAAAUUUCAAAAUAUAAUUCAUGAAUAUGAAAGAACUAUACAGAGAGAGAAUGGAAGAUAUAAACUCCUAGCGAGGAAAGUAAGAAAAAUGGAAAAUGAGAAAAAAGACCUACAACAAAUCGGUGAAAAAAACAGGGAACUUAAAUCAAUGUUGGAUCACCAAAAAGUGGAAUGGGAAAGUGAUCUGAACAGUUUGAGGUUCACUCUAAAACAGGAAGAGGAAAAAAGGAAAAAUGCAGAAAUGCUUUAUGAUAAAAGCCAAGAGCAGUUGAGAAGAAAGGAGGAUCUGUGCUGCAAAGAAAUGGAGGCAAAGCAGCUGCUUGAAUUAACUAUAAGAAACUUGGAACUUGAGCUGAGGAGUAUGCAGAAUAAUGUGAAACAGGUUGAAGAAGAACGUAAUGAAGUGCAAAGAAUACUUUCCCAUGAGCACAAUGCAAGAAUUGCUCAGGAAGAUGUCCUGAAUAAAAUAAGGAAGAAAAGUGAAGAGGCAGAAAAUCAGAAAAUGUGGACAAAAACCGCUGACGGUUUUGGACAGCUUUCUAAAAUAGAUGAAAGAGAAAAAGAUCUCAACCUGCAAAAUGCCAACUUGCAAGAGGAAAUCAAUGUACUAAAAUUAGAAAUGGAUCAUGUUCAAUCUCGGAAUCAGCAGGAAGAGAUCAAAUACAUGGAUGAAAAUGAAAAUUUGAAGGAACAGAUUGCUGAUCUUAGAAGAGAUCUUAAAAUGAACGAAGAAACGUUAACACAAACUGUUAUACAAUAUAAUAGUCAACUUCAUGCACUGAAGACAGAGAAUACCAUGCUGUGCUCAAAGUUAGAGCAUGAAAAACAAGGCAAGGAUAGGCUAGAAACUGAAUUGGAGUCCAUUCGCUCACGUUUGACUUCUACUUUACAGGAAGUAGAAAAGAAUCAGACUUUAAAAAUAGAUGUUGAACGCACCUUACAGAGAGACCGAGAUGAGUGGCUGCGUUCACAAGACAAAUUAAAUUAUGAGUUGUCCAACAUUCGAGAAAACAACAACAACCUGUCCCAGCAACUUAGCAGAGCUGAGGCUAAGUCCAACGGCCUUGAGAAUGAACUCCGCCAGGCAAAUAUGUCUCUUCAAGACAAAGUUAUUCAUUCUGAAAGUGCCCAAAGAGAGCUAACACAGGCAUGUGGUAGAAUAAAGGAACUUGAACACACACUCCAACUUGAAAAAGACAAAGUAUGCAAAAGUACUGUUAAGCAAGAGUCCUUACAAGAGAAACUGGCACAGAUCCAAAGUGAUAACAUGCUGCUUCGUCAGCAAAUCGAGGAUGUAAAUAAUAAAGGUAUUAUCAAAGAUAGAACUGUAAGUGAUGUCCAGGACAAAUUUACAGAGAUUGUUGCCAAACUUCGAGCAGAUGCAGAGAGACAAGUUCAGAUUAUUGAAGAAAGGAACAAGGACUUAAUCAUUAAAUAUAAUGAGAUCAGGGAACAACUGUAUAGACUUGAAACGGAAAAAGUGGAGAGAGAGAGCACACUAAGACAAUUGCAACAAGAACUUGCUGAUGCUUUCAAGAAAUUAUCAAUGUCCGAGGCAUCUCUGGAAGUUAUAACACGUUAUCGAAAUGACAUUGAGGGGGAAAAGCAACUGCUUCAAAAAGAAGUAGAAAAGUUCAAAACUAAAGUACAAGAUUUAGAAGAGCAGUGUAUUCAGGCAGAAAGACUCCACCAUCAGUUAAAGAUUUUAUUAGAAGAUAAAGAGCGUGAAGUAUUUGCUACAUCUCAGAAAGUGCAGGAAUAUUCCUCUGCAGCCACCGGAGCUGAAAAUGCCAUUAAAGAACUGGAAGGACAUAUACAAAAACUUGAAAUUGAAAAUGCCAAAAUUGAAGCAAUUGCAAAACAACAAGCAGGACAGAUUGAUAUACUUCAGAAAGAACUACAGGAAACUCUUUCAAUACGUCAUAAAUUGGAAGAAUUAAUGACAUCUUUACAAUCCUCAAAAAUGGGUUUAGAAGAGAAGUUAAACCAUCAGGUGCAUAAGCAAACAGCAUUGUCUCAAAGUGCACAAGACUCUCAUAACUUGUGGGAAGAAGAACUAAAGUCAAGAUCACGAUUAGGAAUCCGCUUGGCAGAACUUGAACAAGAAAAGGCAGAAUUUGCAGACCAAGUUGAAAAUGAAAAAAAGAAAAUGAAAAAGUUAAUGGAACACAAGCGAUCAAUGGAGGCACGGUUUGAUCAGGAAAUGACCAGAAAUACAGACUUACAACAAGAAAUUGCUAGACUGAAGAAACUCCUGAAAACAGCAAAAAAGAAAAUAAAAGAACUUGAAUCUGGUGGCAUCCAACACAGUACUCCAGAUGGGUUCAAGAGCACACACUUUGAAAAAGAGAGUGACAUCCUGAAGUUAAACGAAAAGAUUCAUGAACUUUCUUUUCGUUUGGAAAAUGAAUCCUCAAGUUAUAAGCAGCUGGAAUCUGCAAAUCGAGAUCUACAACAGCAGUUAUCGUCUAUGAAGAUUUUUCACAAGAGUCAGGAACACCUAGAAAACGGCAAGAGGCAACUAGAAGAUGAAGUCGCUAACUUAAAGCGGCAGAUAGAGAUAAACAAGGUGGAUCAAAGUCUUAUUGAAAAGCACAAGCGGGAAAUAGAAGAAAGAGGAAGGCAAGAAUUAAGACAGAAGUUAGAAGAAGUGAAUCUGUUUCUUCAGUCACAAGCUGCUUCACAGGAGACACUGGAACAAUUAAGAGCUGCAAAUGAUGCUUCAGUAAGAAAUCAAGUGGAGCACAGAAUUCAAGAGCUAGAGUCUGAACUCCAUAAAAUAAAAAAUGUACAGCAAGAGAGCAUGCUCCAGAAAGAGUCCACUCAAACAGAACUUGAACGAUUCAAGGAGUUGUACAAUGAAGAACUGAAAAAUAGGAAUUCUCUGGCAGUAAAACUGGAAAGAGCUAAUGAAAGGCUUGCGGAUGCCAAUGCUAAGCUUCUAACCGAGCGUCAAAGAACGAAAUCAUUGAUUGCCAGCAGUAUUAUGAAUGGCAGCCUUGCCACAAGUCCUGUUGCAGAUGUCAGCCAUUUUGGAAAUCUCUCUAACAGUGGUUUCAGACUUGGUGGAAGCUUUCUUAGUUCAACAGCCAAUGGAUUAAAUACAAAUAGAGUGGAGUCCUACCUUACUAAGAUGCAGCAGGAGUUGGAAAAAAACAUCACUAAAGAACUGGACCAAGCUAACGCUGAACUAGAAACCGGGUCGUCUGCAAGAGUUUCUCCUGUAGGUUCCAUUGCAGGGUCCUUAAGAAACUUAAACGUUGAUCAAGACCCAGUCUCCAGAGCCACCCAGCAGUAUCUUGAGGUCCUUAAGAAGAAUAACAUGAUCUAAACACUAUUUAAACGUUAUGAAAUUGAAACUGCUUAAACUAAUGUGAAUAUACAAAUCUUACUUAGCUGGAAAUGUUAAUUAAAGGGGAACUAUUGUGAAAAUUGAAAUGUAUUAUAAGCUUCAUCACACUGAAACUUUCUGAAUAUAAUCAAUUAGAAAUUCUGUACCAUUUCUGACAUAAUCAAGUUGCUCUACACAAUUUGCCUCUCUUCAUGCAGGAGUUGGGAAUAUGCUUUUAAAUGACAGGUUUAAUAUAUCUUUUUUUGUGGGGGGGAGCUCUCUUUCCUAGCUAAUGUAUUAGAGCUAACUCAAGUAAUUCCAGCAAAAAUAAAAUGUAACAAAAUAACUGACUUUGGCACAAAUCCUGCAUGUGAGCACUAAUCUUGUAGAAAAAAGGUGCCCCCCCCAAACACUGCACUGGACCUAACGGUCAAUCAAAAUCAGUCUUCCGAAUCCUACAUGAGGACAAAAUGAAGAGAGACGGGUUGCUGAGGGGGUAGAGAGAGUGAAAAAUUAACUUGAUGAUUUCAGAAACAGCACAGGAUUUAGACAGUUUCAGUAUAAUGAAGUUUGAAUUAGAUUUUGGUUUUGCAAUCGUUACCUUUUAACUGUUUUGCAUAAUGCACUUGUAGAUACAAUAUUCUACAACCCGCAAAAAUCUAAGCCAUUAACAGCACACUAAAGCAGGUUGCAUGUGCAUUUUGUUUUUAUUUAAAGGGUUCAUUUACAUAAGCAACCAGCAGAGUUGCAACUGUCACACACCUUCCACUAUUCCCAGACAACACAUCUGCCUAUAGUCUUGCCACAACAGAAGCUUGUUUGAUUUUAAUACAGAGAUCCGCAGGCUUUUUGGGUGCAAACCUCAUUUUGUGGUUAAACCAAGCUAUGACUACACUGUUAAAAUGCUGCCAAUAUCCAACAAUAGAAAUGAGGAUCCUUCCCCUGUCACAUCACCCAAACUCGUACCCUGGGGAGUAGGUUUAGUAGUUUAGAAACCUAUACUCUUAAAACAACAGAACGCUACUACAUGCAGUGUUUCUGUCAGGGCCAAACGGCUCAGAUGGGUUAGGAGUUGGGACCAAAAAGGAAGUUGCAAACAAAGAGUCCAAUACAUGGGACCCAAAGGGGCAUGUUCUUAGUCCUAUCCAGGCGAAGAGAUCAGGUCAAGCAAGGUCAGGAGACAAACAAGUAGGUCACAACAAGAAAAUCAAUCAGAGAGAAAUUUUAGCAGACAUAGGAACACUCAAAAGUUAGACCUAUACUCUGGCAUUGAACCCAGGUCCUCAGCUAUUUAUUUAGAAUUUUUGAGCCAGAAGUGUUGUGAUGACCACGUGCUUGCACUCUGAUGUCAUUGCAUCGCACCACGACCCAUGUGACAGACAUGGGCGCCAGCUUUUAGGAUGUGACAUUGGAGGAGAUAGGAGCACCUUUGAGUGCUCCUGACAGUUUCUUAAUCUUAUCCUGAUGACUUUCUGCAAACAUAAAAAAACAGGCAAUUUGUUCAUAUAGCAUGGGCUGUACCAGUUGGUAAGACUGUUUGGUACACUGAAAUUAUUCUAAUAACACUACAAACAUUUACGGUACAUAUUUAGCAAGAACCUAGUAGUAUUAUUUUUAUAUUGGAUUUUUGUUCUGCAUCUAUUUAUUCGUUGUUUGUAACUAUUUAAUCAUCCGCUCAUUUAAAACCAUUUGUUGAAAAAGUGCAUGGUUUGCACCAUUUGCUGCUGUUAAUUGUAAUUCUACGUGUUCUACAUGUGCACUCUGUCUAAUAAUGUAAGAAUAUUCCAUUUGUAACAUAUCUUAAAUAAUUGUUAGCAAGGGUACUGUAUAUGAGAGUUGUGUGCUCUUCAUUCUGUAACAGUAUUUAUACUAAAGAACAGAUUUUUAGUGCCAAUAUUUUCUAGAAUGUAUUUUUAUAAACCAGUCGCAUUCACUGCAUAAAGACAGUUGCAUAACCAUAGUGGGGGUUUUGAACGUUGCAGUUGAAAUGACUCUAACUGCCACAACCAAACUGUAGCUGUAGCUUGAAAGCCUGAAGAAAGCAUCACAGCACCUGGAUUCAUAAGAAAGGAUAUUUACUCAGACAUGAUUCUAAUCAUCAAGAAAAUCUUCAGGAAAGAUUUCAACCCUUUUAGUUUUGGCACAUUCGAUUUUAGGAUUGUCACUUUGCCCUCACCUUAUAUUUUAUUACAUUAUUAAAAUAAGGAAGUAUGUUUACAAGCUAGAGGAUAAUGUCACCUGAAACAUAGGAAAUUGCCUACAUUUGCUAUUGCUUAAAACGUCAGGUUGAGUUAGCGGUAGCUUCACUGAAUUUUUGGAGGAAAAUGUAUACGGUUUAUAGAAUAUACAAUCUCCAAAAAAAAAUCAAUCGGGCAUAUGCAGUAGGCACCUUUUUGAGGUCUUCACAAUUCACAGUAGAGAAUAGGAGAGCUCAGAAAACAGGGUGGAGCUUCACAUUAGACAAGGAAGUAGCUGAGAGAGCUGCAGUUGAGCUGCUUGUGAUACAGAAUCACAGGGAGGCAGAAUGCAGGGAGAAAGGUAUGUUAUGCCAGGGUUAAUCUGAGUAAUGUUAGGGAUUGGGAAAAAAGUUUACUUAUUCUUUAAGGUCUUACAAUGGUAUCUUUUCUGAAUGACUCAAUGGUCUGUGUUGCUUUCUUACCAGUCUAGUUCUACUGUUUAAUCCACCCAUUUGCUACAUUUCAUAAGUUUGAAUUCAUGACAAAUCUGGUACACAACCAUCCUUUAUUUAUCAUUAUCUGUAUUUUAAAUAAUAGUUUCUACUAUAAACCUGUGGAGAUCCGAAAGGAUAUAUGCUCACAUUAAAUAUUUUAUUACCAAAAA